AUGGACGACUACCAGUUCCAGGACUUUGGUUGCGAGCCUUAUCAAGAUGAUUGGUCGACACGGCAAGCGAACAAUGUGCCUCAAAGCUGGAUUACGACACCGAACAUCUUCGACUGGGACACAGGAUUCCAGGAUCAUAUCAUUACGAACAACUACAUUCCUUCCGAGACUCAUGUAGGCUGGCUUAACCCGGUAAUGUCCGCUCCGCUUGGAGGGUUUGAGCUCUCGUGGGAUGAUGCUACACUCCAAGAUGUAACCAGCUACUCAAGUACCCCGGUCCCUGAGAUUGGCGUUGUUGAAAGGUUGGUCAUCCAAUACUGA